UUGACCAUGACAGCCCUGACAGCUUAAUGUGCGGCCAAGCCAGAGCCUGACAUAGAGCCGUCGCUCGAAUCCUUUCGCCUCCUCUUUCCCAGGCCAACGUCCAUUGUUUCGGACGGAUCUGGGGUGCAAGAAUUGCGUCUCCACAUGCACGAUGUUCCGAUGCAUGCUCAAGUCAGAUCGAUGUGUACAAAUCCCGAUUGCGCUCUUUAUGUUACCAUGCUGUCUUUUCUUAGACUUCCUUCCAUUCGCAUCCGAGGUCACGGCCAGGUCACCAUGUGUCGUCAAACAUCCGACCAACAAUCAUGAUACCGAGUACAUCCCUGGGCCUGUGAUCGCACUGCAAUCCAUUGCCGGUGACCAGUCACGCCGUGUAGGCAGUCUCCUUGGAAGACUUGCAUCUACAAGAGGCUUAUCGGAGCUAGAUUUGAUUUGUAGCACCACAAAAGUCACGCAACAACGUGAACGCCAUAGGUGUAAUACAGAGAAUCGUCGUGGCACAAUAGACGACCAGAGAUCCACUCACAGCACUGCAUACCUACUUUAUCAAGUCCUGCUUGGCCAAAAAAAAAACUUCGACGAUCAACAACAAGGGGGGUUCAUGCCCGCAACGCACGAUACCUUCCCCCUCCACAAUCUUCAAGAAUGCAAAUGUCGCUCAGCUACUCCUUUACACCUGCACAACUCAAGAAUGCACUGCACUAUGAGCUCAUCUGUCCAAUGGAUAAAUAUCAAUGCCAUCAUCCAAGCCACUAGGUCGGAGACUAAGAGGCCAAGAACGGACAACAGCCACCUAUACGUUGUCAAGCCACUCGACUCAAUUUACUCUGCUUCUAUACCACUUCGUGCGAAACCUGAUAUCGCCAUCGAUUUGGCAAUCUCACCGUUCGACAAGUAAGCAAGUUGUAGUCACAGUACCAAUCACAGCCUUGAAACGACCAUCAGCUUGGCAGCUUCGGAUGAUAGCCCUACGGAGCCAUCCGAGCAGCUUGGCCUCACCUACGCAUAUGAUCAGCAUCGGAGAUCGAUGGCCAUUGUUGCAGCAUAGAUACAAGCCCUUUGCCCGAGUCCACUUCCAUAUAUCAAGAUCGCUGUGG